AUUACCCAAUCACAGAUUUCCUAUAAUGAGUAUAAAGCCAGAUACGAUAUACAAUUAAAAGAAAUAAAAUCACUCCAGGCUAUAAUUAAGAUAUUGGAGAGUAAGUUAGCAUCAGCUCAAAAAGACGCAUUUUCGAUUCAGGAAAACUUAACGAAAACGGAAACUGAGAAUCUAUCCCUUAAAUCUAAAAUAGAUGACUUUAAACAAAUAGAAGUUGAAUUGGAACGUGUGAGAAGUGAACUCGAUCACCUGAAAUCGGAGGCUAUAUCAAAAUCUGUAGACUCUUUGACCUGUUCCACAAUAGUUGGUGGAGAUGACGAAAAAAAUAUAUCCAAGUUUGACUUACAGAUAGGGAUGAGAUUUUGUGGUGGCCAUAAAUUUAAGAAAUCAGAUACUAUUACUCUUGAACUGGAGCCUUCGAAUACGUAUGAUAAAAAUGCGAUAAAAGUUAUGGUAGAUGGUAUUCAUAAAGCCUAUGUGACAAAGAAUGAAAAUGUAAGUAUAGGGGAUUUGAUGAAAAAAUACUCAAAUUAUCAGAUCACUGCUCAUGGGAAAAAGAACUAUAAUCAAUCGGCGUCUUUAAACCUCGAAUAUUCUUGGAUGGUCUGUGAGAAAUGUCGUAAUACGCUACAAGCAUCGAGGGAUUAUGACUAUACUUAUUAA